UGGCCCCGGGACUACUCAAGUUUUUUUUUUUAACUUCUGGGCUUGCCUGUCAGGGUAUUCACUUCUGGGCUCUGGAAAAAUAUUUGUCACUCACUCACUUCUUCUCACUUGGCUGGGGCAGGUUUCACUCACUUCUGCUGCACUGCACUGUACUAUAUGUUUCUCGAUCACCACCAACCCUAGCCUCGCGUUUGCAUUCUCAGCAUCCCAAAGAGAGCCCAAUCAUCAACGAUGGUUGAACCUGAGGAAUAUGAAGAAAUACCAAAAUACAGAGAUAUUAGACGCUAUUUCUGUGAAUACUGUGGCAUUUGCAGGUCCAAAAAAACCCUCAUCACCACUCACAUCAAUUCACACCACAAGGAGGAGGUGGAAAAAACAGUUGAAAGAGACUCUGAAUCAGAGGCUUCAAAACCCAAAACAUGUGAGGAAUGUGGUGCUAGUUUCAAAAAACAUGCCUACUUGUUGCAACACAUGCAAAGUCAUUCAAUUGAGAGGCCGUAUGUGUGUACUGUCGAUGAUUGUCGAGCAAGUUACAAAAGAAAGGACCACUUGACUCGCCACCUUUCGCAGCAUCAAGGGAAAACUUUUAAGUGUCCUAUUGAGAAUUGCAACCGUGACUUCUCUUUACAAAGCAAUUUGAAAAGACAUGUCAAUGAGAUUCAUGAUAACAAUUGUACCUCUACUAGUGUUGAAAGUCAGAAGCACCAUGUGUGUCCAGAAAUCGGCUGUGGAAAGGUUUUCAGAUAUGCAUCAAAGCUACGAAAGCAUGAAGAUUCUCAUGUUAAGCUGGAGUCUGUAGAUGUAGUGUGCUUAGAGCCUGGUUGCAUGAAACAUUUCACUAAUGCCCAGUGUCUUAGAAACCAUGUGAAGUCCUGCCAUCAAUAUGUGACUUGUGACACUUGUGGGAGUAAGCAACUUAAGAAGAAUAUUAAGAGGCACCUCCGCGCACAUGAAGCAGGCAGUUCAUCAGAGGUGUUUCGAUGUGAAUUUCAGGGUUGUGACUGCACAUUCUCAUCAAAACCUAAUCUUCCAACGCAUGAGAAGGCUGUGCACCUUAAAGAAAAACCAUUUGUGUGUGGGUUUCCUGAUUGUGGCAUGAGAUUUGCUUACAAACACGUGAGAGAUAAUCAUGAACAAACUGGCAAACAUGUUUUUACCCUUGGGGAUUUUGAAGAAGCUGACCGACAAUUCAGGUCAGGGUCCAGGGCCAGGGGAGGGAGAAAGAGAGUAUGUCCUACAGUUGAAAUGUUAGUCAGGAAGCGAGUUACCCCACAUAGUCAAUUAGAAAAAUGGUUACAUAUGCAGGAUAGUGAAUAAGAUACCUUGAGCUUUUGUGUGUUCUUAAUCUUAACUGUCCCAAAAGAGAGUACUUCCUUCUUGUGCUUGUUUUCACCAUAUAUAUUGACUAGAAAUUAUAUAUAUUAA